AAGUAAGUCGCCCGUGCAUGACUUUUAGUCGCCAGGGACGCUUUUUUUGCCGAAGGCGAAAUAAUUAGCACAAGUGUGUUUGCCACUGUAAUCAUUGAUAAGUAAUCAUUAGUUGUUAAAAUGGUAAAGAAGAAAGGGAAGAAAAAGAAAUCUAAGAAGAAAGCAGAAGCACCGGAGCCAAGCAGUGGAGGUGACCUUGAAGUUGAGGGAGAUGGGGCUCAACUUGGAAUUGGAAAGAAAAAAAAGAAAAAGGUUAAACUUACCAAAGAAGAAAAGGCUGCAGCAAAAUUGGCUAAAAUGCUCGAAAACUUUGUCACGGACAGCGCGGCUUAUGAAAAAUUUCUUCAAAAGCUCGACGUGUGGAUGAUGGUGAAUACAGGAGAAGUAGAAUCACUUUUUAAGCGUUUUGAUGAAGAGGGAGAUGGCAUUGUACCUGUGCAAGUAUUCAAAGCAGGGCUAAAAGAUUUGAACUGCCCUGCUACAAGUUUAGAACUCCAUGCGUUGGCAGUUAAACUUGACCCAGAACAAACGGGUAACAUCGAAUACAGUGGGUUUGAGCGUGGUAUCCAUUUACUGGUAAAUGACAAGUCCGAUGAAGAAGAAGAAGACGAUGAAAUGAUCCCGGAGGACUUUGUUCCUCCACUUUAUGUCACUAAAGCUCCUCCUCUUUUUGAGACUCUUCAGGACCCGCAUCACGCUACAUAUCCAAGGUUCAUCAUAGUACACCUGAGGCUAGCAACUUUUGAUUUGAUUGACAAACAUCCUGGCCAUUUUGACAUGAAGGUACACAGUCAUAUGACUAUUGGAACGUUAAUUGAACUUAUUGGAGAACGAGGUCGCAUUACAAGUGGUGAACUAAACGUGUAUACAAACAAAGAAUGUAACCAGGAAGGGAAACUUGGUAAAUACCAAUCACUUAGCGAAUGCGGUUACAUUGGCGGCCCCUUUCGUCGACCGGAAAAUGUAAAGUUAUUUUACGACUAUGUAGUCGAAUACAGUGACUGUCCUUUACUCAACUGUGACCAUUACUUUGGUCAAGAAAAACGGCCAAAAAAUCCAGUUCUUACGGCGUAUUUGUAGAAUAACUAGGUGCCUGUAUUUUGAAAACUAGGGCUUGUAAAAGUAUAAUUCAAAUGUGGUAAUAAAGCACUUAAAUUUAUUAAAGUGCUUUACUGUAUUUCUUACUGUAUUUCGUGUACUUUUUACAAACUCUUAGACAUACUGCGUUUAAAUGUAUGUAACGCUAUAACAUCAAAUAUUCAAUUUUUUAAUUGUAAUUUUAGUCAAUUUUGUAGACAUUGCCUUUUAGAUCAGCUCUGUAUUGAGUAAGCUGUAUUUUAUAGCUUUACACAAACUUAAAAGCUGCAAUUUUUGACUCUGCAGCAUUUUUCUGUUGGAAUACAAUAUAAAUAAAUUAAGUUAUGUGCCUAUAGACAUUAGGAAUAUAGUGUAUAUAUAACUGUGGGGGAAGAUGGGACACCUUUAGCACAUAUUAUCCAAAUACCCUGAUCGUGUUUUAUACAAUUACCAACGGUCCAUGGGAGUUGUAAGGAUACGGUUUUAUAAUUUUUUUUAAUGUUCUUUGUUUACUUCCAAAUUGGACGAGAAAAUAGAAUAAACAGGUGCCCCAUCUUCCCCCACCCUACUUUAUAUUUUAUUUUCCACAUAUAAGGUCUUUUUUGAACAGCGUUUUAAUUUUUUCCUUUUAGUAAGUGGUGGGAAUGCGGCAGCUGUUUUGUAACAAUACUGUUUACUGUGUAGUUAUUAAUAGUUUACCGUUUACACUGUGCUGUUGUUUUAGUGCCUUUUUUAAUAAAUGAAAUUAUAUAAUAUGA